AUGAGUAACGAAUUGCAGUGGUCAGGACAGUUCAUAGCGUCUGCUGCGAGCAACUUGGCUGGAGACAAGAUCGUCUUGCCUCAAUCUGCCCUUGAACAACUACUCUCGGCUGCCUCAACAGCUGCCGCCGCCACAGAACAACCCGAAAACGACUUUCAUACCUACUCUUCGUACUACGCCGGCUCACGACCGUCCCAAAACCGUUUCGACGAACCCAAGAAUCAACUACCGCAUCCUCUUACCUUCCGUCUGGUCAACGCAACCAAUGGCCGGGUCGUCUAUGCAGGCAUCCGCGAGUUCUCGGCCGAAGAAGGAUGCGCUACGCUCAGUACUUUUCUCAGCCAAGCGUUGGACCUGAAAGACGAUGGAGCACAAGUCACGAUACACGCACGACAAAUACCAAAGGGCACCUUUGUUAAGCUACGGCCACUCGAGGCUGGCUAUGAUCCCGACGACUGGAAAGCCUUGCUAGAACAACACCUGCGCUCAAACUACACCACCUUGACUCGUGGUGAAGUUCUGGUUGUGCCUGGUCCCGCACGAGAAGAGUUCCGCUUUCUCGUUGCCUCGUUCCAACCAGAGUCAGAUGCCGUAUGUGUCGUGGAUACCGAUCUCGAGGUCGACAUCGAAGCCCUGAACGAAGAGCAAGCAAGAGAGACACUGGCCAAGAUCGCUCAAAAGAUACAAAAGAAUCAGCGAGGCGGAGAAGGCAGUUCCACUGGAGGCGACCUGGACGUCUUCAACGCUCAGCAGGGUCAGAUCGCGCCAGGAGACUACAUCGACUAUCAGCUGCCAUCAUGGCCAAGGGCCCAGCCGCUCGAGAUCGAGGUCGAAGGCGCAGAUCUGGACGACGAUGUCGAUCUCUUGGUGUCGCCCUUCUCUGCACGUCAAAGGAACAGACCUCGCAUCGAUGAACACGUCUUUGGUGACUUUAGUGGGCGACAGGCGAAGGGAAUUCGUUUAGAAUCCUCGAACGUUGAGCUCGAAGAUGCAGAGGCUUUGUGGAUAUCUGUUCAUGCUUUCCGCGGCGAACACGAUCAGAGUUCUGCAAAACCUCGUCAGUUCACUCUGCGUGUCAAGGUAGGAGACUCGCAAUCUUCCGAAUCAAAUGGGAACUCGGAGCAGCCACCAAAUCCGGAAGACGUUCGUUGCAAGAACUGCGGUCAAUGGGUUCCUCAACGAACACUCAUGCUUCACGAGAACUUCUGUUUGCGCAACAACAUCCUCUGUCCUCAGGGCUGUGGUCAAGUCUUCCAGAAGCGCUCUCCAGCAUAUAAGAAGCACUGGCAUUGUCCACACGAUACCUUCUACGGCAACAGCAUUGUUUCCCAGCAAAAACACAGUCACCUCUUCCAUCCCUCAUCACCGUUCGCUUGCCAGUCAUGCAGCACAGCCACCACAUUUUCUUCUCUCCCUCAGCUCGCGUACCACAAGACCUCCGUAUGCCCCUCAAAACCGAUUCUUUGUCGCUUCUGUCACUUGUCGGUACCACAGGAAGGUGACCCUGAUGUGCCAAACCCCGAAGCAUUGCUUUCAGGCCUUACGCCACAUGAGUUGGCCGAUGGUAGCAGGACAACAGAAUGCCACCUCUGCUCAAGAAUUGUGCGUCUGCGAGAUAUGGAUACACAUCUCAAGCAUCAUGAUCUGACCCGCAAGUCUCGCUCUCAGCCUCGGAUCUGUCGUAAUGCCGUCUGUGGCCGUACGAUAGACGGCACUUCUCACGAUGGCAACACCAGAGCAGCCGUCAGAGACACGGGCAAUGACAUAGGCUUAUGCGCAGCGUGUUUCGGACCAUUGUACGUCAGUAACUACGAUCCAGAAAACAAGGCUCUAAAGCGAAGGAUCGAGCGACGAUACCUGACCCAGCUUUUGACCGGUUGUGGCAAGCCUUGGUGCCGCAACACAUUCUGCAAGACCGGACGAACAAACUCUGGCGAAGGCGGUGCGAUGAGUACGAAGGAUGCUCUGCCGAUGAUCAAGCCGUUCGUGGAUGCUAGUAUUCUGCCUGCUGAAGCCAAGCCAUUGCACUUUUGUGUCGACGAAGCUAGUCAGACUAGAAGGACUCUAGCUGAACUGAUGAAGGAAGAGCAUGGCAUGAAGGGUGAAAUGUAUUCUCGACCUUGGUGCAUCGGUGCUCUGGAGGCAGAGAAUGGACAGGCGGACAAAGCGAGAGAGUGGCUUGGUAAUUGGGCGCCGACAAGAGCGGAGGAAGGUGCAUAA